AUGAGCCGAUUGGUCGCUGUUAUUCUAUUUUUGCUAGUUACUGAUACUUUUGCACAGUUCGGAGGAUUCGGCUCCAACCUCUUCGGCGGCGGAUUUAAUCGCGGAUUUGGUGGAGGAUAUCCAGGAUAUGGAUUCAAUCGAGGCUUCGGUGGCGGUUUCAACCGAGGUUACGGUGGAUUUGGCCGAGGUGGUUACGGUGGCUUUGGACGAGGUGGCUACGGUGGAUUUGGACGAGGUGGCUACGGUGGAUUCAACCGUGGAUUUGGAGGAUUCAAUCGAGGAUACGGUGGCGGUUUCAAUCGCGGUUUUGGUGGAGGAUUUAAUCGAGGAUAUGGUUUCAACCGCGGUUUUGGAGGAUUCGGUCGAGGUGGAUACGGUGGAUUUGGACGAGGUGGUUAUGGUGGUGGCUUCAAUCGCGGUUUUGGCGGCUUCGGCAGAUCCGGCUUCGGUGGCUUCGGUGGACCUGGAUUCGGCUUAUUCGGAUGA